AUGCUGAAGUUUCGGACUUUGGCGGCACGAACUGCGUUUGGAUUUAAGGAAGAGGUGACACCUCUAGAAAUCACGCAUUUCCGCGGGGUGGAGACAAAUCUUCAGGGGCAGGUGCAGUACGAUUGGAUUCCGAUCCACCACUGGGGUUGUAGCUACGAAGUGCAAGAACAGGCUUCAAAUCAGAAACAUUCUUCUGCACAACAAGGUAAUGCUUGUCCGCUGAUGUAUGUCGUGGAGACUU